CAUGCGUCUUCGCCUAAAAAAUGUCCCGAAGCGCGUAAAGCCUCUUUAUCGUCACUCCCCGAGUCUCGCCAAGAUUGAUACUUAACAGGAUACAAAACAGAUACCCCAACGUCAUUCGAGCCUUUGCGCCGCCGACAGACUCCCACCUCCCACCUCCUCCUGCCUUCAGCCUCUUCCCUCCCGCCCCGACAGCUGGCAGAGCGGAUUCGGAAUGAAACGGUGUACGGCGGUUCGGCCCCUGCUGCGCCGUCCGGGCAGCGCACCGGCGCAGUUCUGCCAAUGCCGCACAAAGUCGGACGGCUUCGCCAAGAGACCAUCGCCCUUUUUCAGGAGACUCGACCUCGCUCGCAAAACCACCAAAGGACUGAAAGGUUAUGGACCAGAUCUCAAGGUCGACUCGUUGAACAAGACUGUCGGCACUUCCGUCGGCGCCCUGCCCAUCUCGCCCGUCAUGGACCCUCGGUGGAUGGAGGCCCGGACGAGGUGGAGGACCCUUAAGCUCAAACGGCCCAAGGACGUCAUGCCCGCCGGUCGCUUCCGCAAGAAGCUCGAGGCGAAUCCAUAUGCCGAAGCCCUCUCGACCCCCAUCCGCCUCUGCCCGAUCUCCCGCGCACAUCUGCCGAGAUAUUUCCUCCAAGAGCUGAAACUGGUAGCGCAUCCUGAAACAAAGGCGCUCUGGUGGACGCCCGCCGAUCUGGACGUGAUGUACGCUGCGAAAGAAGGGGAGCGCGGAGUCGAACCGGACGCGGACACGGACGGCCGUGAUUCGCAGGAACCACCAGCCACGGCCGAGACCCCCAUCGCGCAGCAAAGAGCUACCGAAAAACUCCUUAGGCGGUCAAUCACUGGCUACGCGCUGGCCAGUAAAUCGUUAUUCAAGUCCAUCAGCGGGGCCAAGAAAAUGACCCCCCAUGGCGAAAGGUGGAAGGCCCUGCUCGUCACGAGGCAAGGGGGCCCCUUUCUGGGCGGGCCGCAGGUGUGGCGCGAGGACAUGGACGACUUCGUCCUUGACAACAUGCGCCGCAAUGUCAUGAAUCACCUCGUCCAUCUGGCCGAGUUCCGCGAGGGUGAUGAUCGCCGGUCGUACCUCCUGCGCCUCGGUAGCUGGGAGAAGGCCUCGAAGAUCCCGCAGCGCGGCAGCCUGCUGUGGUACUCCUCUGAGAACGGGCCGCAGCGUCGGGACGCGGGGGCCGAGGCCGGGUCGGGCGGCGGGGCGCUGUCGCUCGGGCCGUUCGUCACGUACGACGUCCCGGGGGCCAAAUACGAGGGGAAACUGCCCGUCUAUGACCUCAGGCGGUUGCUGAGCGAAGCGUACCUGGCGAGGCUGCGAGAGGUGCCCAUGUUUCGCGACAGCUCGCUGUUCCUCCUGCGCAAGCAGCGAUCGAUCCCCGUCCAACUUCACCUCUGGAAGUUGCAGGCUUACAUGGGCAAUGAUGCCAUGGAUCGACCCGGAUCAGCGUCCGCAGAGGGUUCGACGCUUCCGUCCGACCCAUCUCUGUUGGAUGGCUCAAAUACGAAGCAUUCGUCGGAUUCGAGUCGGGAGAAGGGCCCGGCUGUUUCGGCGUCCCAGGGACUCGCGGAUCGCAAGCCAACGCGGAAGCCCAUGAGCAAGAAAGGCGUCAAGUCUUCCGCUCCCACGGGCUCGGGUCGCUAAAACGCUAGACAAACGCUGCAACCGAAGGCAGACCACAAGAAGGACCGCACAAUGCCCGUUCCGUCGACUACAGAUUGCAGAGGAACGUGAGUAGUCGUGCCUUCCAACUAAACACAGGGAUGAGUUCCGAAUAGACCCAUGGCGAACGCAAGGUUCGAAAAUGAAGAAGCCACUGAGCAAGAGGUUGUCGUGUAGAAGGGUUUAAACUUACUUUCAGAUACCCGAGAACGGGGCGUGGUUGCGUCGGCGUCUCACUCUCAUAGAAAUACACCGC